CAAGACAUCGCCCGCCUUUAUCAGCUGUCGCCGUUUUUCCUCUUCCUGCCAACAAAUAGAAAAGAAAAAUAAAACGCAACUCGGCAGCGGCAGCGGGUGGAAAAUAUUGGACAGUACUACAGGCCAUGGAAUGAGCUAGUCUAUAUAAGCAAAAGAUCCUGACCGAAGCAGAGUCCCAAGAUGACGGAGCAAGAGGAUUUUGCCAGCGGCGGAGGCAAUGGUUCCGCAGCUGGAGCCGCUGGCAGCGCUGGAGGAAGCAACUGCCAGAACCAACUGCAGCAGUGCGUGCGUGGGAACGUCUCCUGGCAGCUGCUGCCCGUCCACCUGCGCUCCGUGCUGCACAACAACCAGCGAGAUUACGAGAAGUUCGUCUUCAACUACAGCCUCAAGAACCAGCUGCGCUUCAGAGGCAACCUGGCCGCCAAGGUGUUUCGGCGGGAGCAGCGCUACUACGAACUGCUGGUCCAGAAAAGCAUCAACGGCUUGGGCGCUUUUCCCUACCAUCUGGCCGACAUCGUGACCAAGGGAUUGAGAGUCACACCCUUCAACUAUUAUCUGGACGUGCUGGGGCAGCUCUUGCGGAGCGACAAGAGCUAUGAUACCUUGCCAAACUUCACGGCUGCUGACUGCUUGCGCGUGCUAGGCAUCGGUCGGAAUGAGUACCUGGCCUUGAUCAGCGACUUGAAGACCCACACACCGCGCUCCCUCAUCUUCGGAUCGCGUCCCAAUCCGCUGGACUUCCUGCCGCGCUUUCCCGUCCGCAUACACAUGGAGCCCUGGUGGCGACUGGACAUUGGCUAUGUUCUGGAGGCGGACAUCAAGUAUUUAUCGCCGGCGGAGAGGUCUCUAAUCGAUGAUCUCAUAGACUUUGGGGCCCAACCGGCGGGCAAAUGUGACCACGAAGUGGUGCACAGCCUGUACAGGAAGGGCCUUGUCUAUUUGGAUGUGCCCAUCAGUGGCGAGGAUAGGAUCUCCAUUCCUCCUCUGCGGAACUUUGUAAUGAAUCGUGUGAGCGGCGAUUAUUUUGAGAAUCUGCUGUACAAGAUCUUUGUGAGUGCGGAUGAGCACAUGACCAUCGCCGAGCUAGCCCACAUGCUGCAACUGGAACUGGAUAGUGUCAAGCAGGCGGUGUCCUUUAUCUGCCGCCUGGGCUUUGCUCAUCGGAAGGAGGAUGCUGUGCAGCUUCAGCAGCAACAGAGUCAACCCAAUCAUCCCAGCUGGGAAGGCUACAACCGUCAGCAGACGCCCGAAACGCCACAGAUUACGCCCCUGAACUACAACCUACAUGCCAACAGCUUUGAGUUUGAUCAGAGUCCCAAAUCGCCAAAGACACCCAAGGAAAAGGACAAGGACAAGGACAGCAGCUCUAUAGGAUACCUCUCCUCGGAUGGCAACACCAGUGACUUUAGCUUUGCCAAUUUAAACACCACGCCCCAGGAGCCAAUAACAAGCAACAACAGCGAUGAGCAAGAGCUAAGCUCUGAGUUGGAACUGGAGGAUUUGAGUGAGCGUACAACCAAACCGCCUGCAGCUGUAGCUCCUGCCCCUGCUCUUCCCAAGAGUGGCAAAAGGGUCGGCUUUCUCUUUGACUCCACGCUUACGGCUUUCCUGAUGAUGGGUAACCUCUCGCCGGGCUUGAAGAACCAUGCAGUCACCAUGUUUGAGGUGGGUAAGCUAUGCGAGGAGAGUCUGGACAGUUUUCUGGCCGAGCUAGAGCAGGUUUCCCUGUUGGAUGCGGAGGGGGAAGGUGAUGUCUCCCGCUACUUUGCUCAUGCGGUUAUCCUACGCUCCACCAUCUGCUCGUUGCGGCAUUUGGUGCCGGGUGGUUUGGAUCUGCUAAGAUUGGAGUGCUUGGAGGGCUUGGAUAGGCAGACACGAGAUCGUGUCUUGGAGAAGAAGUACAAGUUUAUAAUAGCCGCCUCGCCGCUAACGGCUUCGCUAAGUCACACUUUUAGCAUUCCCUAUUUUGGGCAAUUUCUGCGCAGCUCCGAUGUAACGCCCAUGUGGAGCAAGCUUUUCUACAAUCAUAUCACAGGCUAUGGUCCCCCCAGUUUGCUGCUUUCCCGCGGAACCGUGCUCAAGACUCUGCCCCGUCUAUUUCUGGGCUAUGGAAAGCUCUUGGUAAACAUCCUGCACUCUGACUCGUAUGUCCUCAAUUCGGAAAACUUCCGUAACGUCAACGAACAACUCAAGAACGGCUGCGUGUUGCUCCAAGGCUAUGGCAUCCGCACAGCCGGCAAUUUACACUACGAAUCAUUCCCUUUCCAAACCUUGGAUCCGCGCCAGGCCAAAUGGUCUGCCCAUCGAGCUGUACAGAAGCUGGCCAGCCUUUUGGACUUGAGGCAACAGUGCGGCUACAUAACAUUCCUAAACACAGGGGUGCCGGAUCUAGGAUGCGAGGAUUACGAGCUGCAGGUUCGCUUGAAGCCAAUGCAGCGGCAGAAGCGUUCUUCUAUCACGACGCCAAUGACUAAUGUGCCAAACAGCGAGGUGGCUACCAGCUUUCAGUUGAAGAGUCCCGAUGAAAACCAUUUUGCGGCUACCCCAGAGCAUGGACCUGCCAACGAAUUCACCUCACCGGAUUGCAGUCAAGUGCUGGCCAGCGAGUUGGCCAAAUGCAGUCGGGCGGAUCUUGUCUCCCAAAGUUCCGUUGAGAUCCCCCUGGAGAUGACACCAUCGGAGGAGCUUCUAGCCCCAACGUUGGAGGAGGAGGACGAUGCCACGGAGGAGUGGACCCUGUUGGACGUAAGUUUUGGGGUGCCGCUCUUCGAUGUGGACACCAACACGCGCAUAUGCGAACAGCUGGUCCAAGGACUCUGCAGUGACUCUAAUCUGGAGGCAUUGCCCAAAGCUGCUGGCCAGGCGCAGGCACUCUUUCUGGAAUUUGUACGUCAGUGCUUGUACUACGAGGACGACCCGGCGAGGCAGGUCCUGCAGGCAAGCCGCCCGUUACCACAUCCCAGGAUAAACCUGGCCUUUGAAAAUGGUCACGUAGGCCACUGGAAUGGACGUUAAGUCAGCGCCACUUUUAAAUGCAUUCCCAGAGUAUUCCGUUUACACUUGUCCCAGUUUAUUUUAUCAGUUUGUGUACAGUCUUGGCGGAUUUAUAUUUAUAUAUGCUAACCAACCAGCCAAAAGUCACCAUCGCAUUCGCCGUCUGAAUGAAUGUUUGCGUUCUUUUUUAAUUAGUUUUGUAAGUUUUUUCUGGGAAGACAAGAUUGGCAUCAUGAUGCCCUCCAAACAUAUACAACACAUGCCUAGCUACAUAACCUAUACAAUAUUAAUGUAUAAACAAUAAAAACAGUUUGAAUAAAAA